AUGGCGUCCCUCGUUCAACCGGCCCGUUUCUUAGAUGCCGCCGUCAUGGGGCUUUUCGCCAUGGUCCUCUCUGCUCUGAUGCUGUACAUGUUCGGCGAAUUCUGGAAUUUGUCUCAAGAUCCGCGCUUCAGUCAAUGGAAAAUCGGCUUCUUCAUGCAAAAGCUCUUCCCCUUCAAGAGAAAUUUUGAUUUCAACCUCACCCACAUCCUCCUCUUCACAGUCUGUGUCCUCCUGCUCAGCUUCCGCCCGGACUACGAAUUCCUUCCAGCGGACCAGCAGGCGCAGUACCGCAACGGCCAUACCUGCUGCGCGCAGAAUUCCGCCUCUUCGCAGCAACCCCAGCAGCAGGCUGAGGCGGGGUCUGCCGGGAAAGACGGAAAGAAGAAGCAUUAA